CUUAAGGUGUAUUUGUUCAUAAAAUGGCAGAAGAACAAUUAAAAGAAGACCAUUUGUCCCAAAUGAUAUUUACUACGUUAAGUGCAAUAGGAUUUGAUCGUGAGUGGUUAUUGCAAAAAUCAGAAGCUCAAAAAGAGAUCUUUAAACUCGCUGACAGGCUAAACGAGACGUUUAAUUUUCCAAUUAAAAUAGAACUUGUAGGUAGUACAGCAGAAGGGGUUUCGUUAUCAAGCAGUGACAUGGAUUGUAUGAUUAUCAUAACAGAUACAAUUUGUGUAGAUACAGCUAACAUAUCUAAUGGUUUUAAUAUUGUUGAGGCUGAAUAUAUAAACACACCCCCUGGAUACGUAAAACUUGUUUUGGCGUAUGGAGACGAAGACAGUGCAUUAUUUGAGUGUUUACAUCAGUCGGACCUUUAUAAGGCAUAUUUUGGACGCGUGUAUAUAUCAAGCCCAAUAUUUAGAAAUUUCUUUUUACAAUCAAUGCAGGCAAUCAAUAAAGUUCGUGAUGGCUAUGUGUGUUUUGAAACACAGGGACCAGCAAUUACAAUUGAACGUAUUGAUCAUGUAUUAGCCAUGUAUUUUUACGGGGGCUGCUAUUUAAGCAACUGGUCAAAAAGAGUAAGAUAUUAUCAUUGGCCUUCAGUCAGCUUGAUACAAGAAAUUACAAGUAUGGAAGGAUACGUUGUUCCUGUUGGUCAUAAAUCUAGUGAUAGUCAGAAUAUUGAAUGGCGCGUUUGCUACACGAUCGCAGAAUUGAAAUUAAUAAAAUCCCUGACUGAUGUCCAGUUGAAAUUCUAUAUACUUUUUAAAUAUGUUGCGAAGGAAAUAAAAAAGAAUGUUUGUGAAGACAUAUCAUCAUACAUUGUGAAAAAUAUUGUAUUUUGGAUUGUAGAAACUGAACCAGAACAAGCGUUUGUCCCAAGUAAUUUGGUCAAGCUGUUGAAGAAGGCGAUAAUGUUUAUCAAGUACAGUUUACAAAAUAAUCACCUUCCAAACUAUAUGAUUCCAGAACGUAACCUGAUACGUGAGAAUAUGAAUGGAAAGGAAAAACACAGAAUAAUAGCAGGUUUAGUAGAAUAUGAGAAUUUUGCACUACACAAGCUUCCAAGGUUAAAUGAGUGUAUAAACUUUUUUAAUCAAAUGUUAGAAAGUCAUCAGAUAGACUUUUAUAGAGAAUGGAGAAGAAAGGUAGAAAAUUGCUUCCUUGCAAGUGCUUUAUGUAAAAUAGACCACUUUAAGUUAGAAAUGCUAUUCAAGAGAACACGUAUGAUGGACAUAGAAUGGGAAUUUUUCAAAGAUAAAAGAUUUUGGCCAAUCAUGAUCACACUUUUUGAUUUGACAGUUCCAGACUGGAUAAAUCUGAUAUUAUCGGGACAAUUGGAAUACAUGUUACAAUUGCUUUACUCCAGAUUAAGAGAAAUGCCUUAUUUGUAGUGCUAUAUUUGUGGAAUUAUACACCAAGCCUUAUUUAAUUGCAUUACACAUUUGUUUUUGGCGAUGCUGCAACAAAAUCGUGAAGAGUUUAUGGACUAUGUUAAGAGUCAUGCAGCUAGAUGUAGAUAAUUGAUAAGACCGACCCACCCACCCUUUUCUUACUUAUAAUAAAUAAACCCUGUAUUAACCACCCCUAUAAAAUAUUAAUUACAUGACUGUUUUUGCAAAUGGGAAAAUAUCAACAUACUGUGAUAUAUGAAUAAUUGUCUUAGGUCAUGUAUUAUUUGAAUAAAGCCUCACAAUUUUAGGACAGUUUAAUUUUUAAUAUUUUGAGCAUAGUGAUAAAUGUUUUUAAGUAUCUUUGAUUGGCUGAAUAACAGCCACCAUAACAUUCAAUUGAAAACUUAUUUUCUAUGUACUAAAGGACGGCCUCGUAAUAAUACAUAAAAGAAAUAGUUAUGAUAUUGUCAUUGUCGCUUAAAGUAGGAUAACUGGUAAAUAAUUUUAUAUAAAACUUUAGACAGCAAAUUUUAUAUUUUUAAUAGCCUCCGUGUUCAUUGCUUACACUAAACUUACAAAUAAAUCUUUGCAUAUAUCAUGAAAAGCCUGGUGAGUGAUUGUUUUUAUAUGACUAUUUUUAUAUAACUUUCAGUGUUUUGGCAAGUCCGUCUAUUUUAGUUUGCUUUAAAAAGAUAACUUACAUUUCAGUGAUGCAUGUUAUCAACCAUGUCUUUAUUCUUGUUGUUACACAUCAUUAUUUGCAGGAAGUUCACUUGCUUUGUGGAUAUAAAAAGUAGCGGAUCGCUAAUUUAUAGUUUGAACCCUCGUAGUAUUUUUUCUUUAAGCUUGUAUAAGAAAUAUAUUUGAAUAAGUUAGUUUGCAAUUCUUAUUGUUCAGUGUUUCUGAAUAUUUGUGUAUUUCUGUAUUCCUCUAUCAAUUCAAACUAAAUGAUACAGGUCUAUAAAUAAAUGUAACAGAAUAUUAUAUUUUGAACGUUUCAUUUUCAGGUUCAUAAUAAUAGUUAUUUUAU